UUUGAAUUUAAACACACUUCUAAAUCCUAACUGUGUCACUCUCAUAUAUAUUACAAGGUCAUUCAGCCCUACUAUCAAAGCAAAUUAAUCCUUCCCUUCCCUAGCUAGUACCAUAGAAAUGUUUCCCUUGUUGUGUUACUCUCUCCUUUUUCUUAUUUUCCUUCUUACUUGCAAACUUAUUUUCCAAACCAGAAGAAAAUUCAGAAACCUUCCCCCAGGUCCACCAUUUCUUCCCAUAAUUGGCAACCUUCACCUCCUUCAACCUCCACUGCACCUCACCUUUCAACGUAUAUCACAAAAAUACGGCAACAUCUUUUCCCUCCGAUUCGGUUCGCGCCUUGUAAUCGUGAGUUCAUCACAAUCUGCAUUUCAAGAAUGCUUUACCAAAAACGAUGUUGUAUUAGCCAAUCGACCGUAUAAUAUUGCUGGCAAGUACAUCUUCUACAACUGUACCACCAUAGGAUCAUGCUCCUAUGGUGAUCACUGGAUCAACCUCCGUCGAAUAAGUACUCAAGAUCUUCUUUCGAUACAACGAGUACACUCCUUUUCGGGGAUUCGAAGAGAUGAGACCAAUAGGGUGAUUCAUCAAUUGGUCAAGGAAUGCUCGUGCUUGAAAUUUGAACAAGUGGAGCUAAGUUUUAUGCUUCAUAACAUGAUGUACAACAACUUGAUGAGGAUGAUAUCUGGAAAGAGAUACUAUGGGGAAGAGAUUGACGCGAAGGAUGCGAAAGAAGCGAAGGAAUUUAGGGAGACGGUUGAGGAGAUGGUGAAAUUAACAGGGGUUUCAAACAAGGCAGAUUACUUGCCCUUUUUAAGGUGGUUUGAUUUUCAGAAUUUAGAGAAGAGGUUACAAAAUAUAAGCAAUAGAUUUGAUGCUAUCUUGAAUGCACUCAUUUAUGAGAACCGUAGUAAGAUGAAGCCAGAGAAUACCUUGAUAGAUCAUCUCUUAAAACUUCAAGAAUCACAGCCUGAGUAUUAUACCGAUCAGAUAAUCAAAGGACUUAUUUUGGCUAUGCUCUUUGCAGGAUCAAACUCAACAGCUGUAACUUUAGAAUGGGCAAUGUCUAAUUUAUUAAACCAUCCAGAAGUGUUGAAAAAAGCAAAAGAGGAAAUGGACACUUAUAUAGGACAAGACCAUUUGUUAAAUGAGGUUGACCUUCCAAAACUUCCUUACCUUAAGAAGGUCGUCCUAGAGACACUUAGGAUGUACCCUCCAGCUCCAUUGCUAUUUCCACACUUGUCUUCAGAUGACAUUGUUAUGGAAGGAUUCAAUGUUCCACGUGACACUAUUGUGCUUACUAAUGGUUGGUCAAUGCAAAGGGACCCUUUGGUGUGGAAUGAACCCACACAUUUUAUACCUGAGAGGUUUGAUAAAGAAGGAGAGGAGAAGAAGUUGGUUGUUUUUGGGUUUGGAAGAAGGUCUUGUCCAGGAAAGGCCAUGGCUUUGCAUAACGUUUCCUUUAUUUUGGGAUUAUUGAUUCAAUGCUUUGAUUGGAAACGAGUGAGUGAAGCAAAGAUUGAUAUGAGUGAUCAAAAUUUGUUCACCUCAACAAAGUUGGUUCCAUUGAAGGCCAUGUGCAAAGUCCGUCCAAUCAUCAAUAAGAUUAAUUUGAAUAAUUGAUGAUAAAUUUACCAAAAAAUAAAAUAAAAUUGGACCCAUUUGGAGUUGGCCUAGUGGUUGACUUGAGAUCUUGAAGUUUGCUCCUCUCAAGGUUUUAGGUUCGAUUUUCUCUGGUGUCAAUUUCAGUGGGCUAAGUCCAUACGGAGCUAUGCUCUAGCUUUAAACGGACCCCCCAAGUAGGCAGUGGGAUUGGUCCCCUCAGAUUAGUCAGUUUUUGGAUCGGAGACCGAGUUUUUUUUUUUAAAAAAAAAAAAGCAAAAUUGUAUGUUUUGAUACAUCAUAUCAAAUGUUUCAAAAAUAAAUAUGUGAUAUCAAGUGUAAUAUUAAUUAUCAAAUUUUAGUAUUGUUCUUGGUUAAAUCCA